AUGGUGAAACAACGAAUAAAAGGGAGCUCGGGAGGCAACGUUGAAAGAAAAGUGUUUGGAGAAGAGAGAGAGGCCACGGAGGGAGGGGCUUUUGCUGCCCGCAUCUCUGACGGAUGGCCUGUUUCGUUCCUGCUUUGGGCACAUCUGCUGCUGCUAGUCGCCGCUUGGGUGCCGUCUGACCGCUCAAGAUUUAUCCACUCUUGUCUCUUGUCUCCUAUGAGAGUUCAUGACAUCAGCGGUCCUACCCCAGAGAAUCCUGCCCAUGGCCCAAGUGAAGCGGGAGAUCCACCUCUAGAUGGAGCACGCGAUGUCUGUGUGCCACGUCAAAAGGCGAAGAGACCUCCGGCUCCUGCCACUGGGGCCACUCAGUCGGUACUUAUUUACAUCAGCAUGUGUUCCGGAACUAGAGGGUUUUUCCUGUAUGUUGAAUGGAUCCCGAAUGGAUACCGUGUUGGAUACCUGGACCCUCCACUAGGAAAUGAGUCAGAGAAUCUGAAACCGUGA